CUUUACUGCGAGCUUGUUACAAACUCCUGACUCUUGAGCUUUAAAGGAGGGGACAAAUCCUUCAAACUGAGCUGGUUUGGGGUUGUUACAUCCCGCUAGCGGACACUCGCCUCGCUGGUUCAGAUGAGCGAACUCCGUUUAUCGAGCCAUAGUUGGAAACCGUCCCCCCGUCUGCGCUGACACGAAGCGAAGGAGUUUUAGAUUUCUUUUUGUGGAACGUGCAUCUCAGUGAGGAGGGAGCGUUGUGAAGCACGUUCUCAGCGGCACGCAGCAGAGGGAAGAUGUUGCUGAAGGAGUACAGGAUAUGCAUGCCGCUCACUGUGGAGGAGGCUGCAGCAGGUGUGUGCUGGCUGUGUACCUCACAAGGCGCUGCUACGACCUUCAUGUCAAGAACCAGUAGUCAACCGGUACCGUAUUGGGCAGCUUUACAUGAUCAGCAAACACAGCCAUGAGCAGAGCGACCGAGGGGAAGGUGUGGAAGUUGUCCAGAACGAACCUUUUGAGGACCCCAUGCACGGCCAGGGGCAGUUCACAGAAAAACGGGUCUACCUCAACAGUAAACUUCCCAGCUGGGCUCGAGCAGUGGUUCCGAAAAUCUUUUACGUGACCGAGAAGGCGUGGAACUAUUACCCUUACACCAUCACAGAAUAUACAUGCUCGUUCCUUCCCAAGUUCUCCAUUCACAUAGAGACGAAAUACGAGGACAACAAAGGCAUCAAUGAUAAUAUCUUUGACUCUGAGUUGAAGGACCAGGAGAGGGAAGUGUGUUUUGUCGACAUUGCUUACGACGACAUCCCUGACCGCUACUACAAGGAGUCAGAGGACCUGCGGUACUUCAAGUCAGAGAAGACGUCGCGGGGCAUGCUUCAGGAAGGAUGGAGGGACACGCAGCAUCCCAUCAUGUGCUCGUACAAACUGGUCACAGUCAAGUUUGAGGUGUGGGGUCUGCAGACACGUGUGGAACAGUUUGUGCAUAAGGUGAUACGGGAUGUGUUGCUGCUUGGACACAGGCAGGCCUUUGCUUGGGUGGAUGAAUGGAUUGACAUGACAAUGGAUGAGGUGAGAGAAUUUGAGCGGACAAUCCAGGAAGCCACCAACCAGAAGAUCGGGAUGUUCCCACCGUCGAUCUCCAUUAGCGAGACCCCUCUGUCCUCCUGUUCCCUCACCGGCCCCGCCAGCGCCCCCUCCACUCCCCUGUGCACCGAUGCGCCCGAUUCCCUCUCGGUCUCCAAGGACCGGCCCCGCAAAAAGUCAGCUCCAGAAACCCUGACUCUUCCUGAGCCGUCUCCGAGCGGUGUGCAGCAGGGAUCCGCUACCGGCCCACUUCCGUCUUUGAAUCACCUUCAAUCUUCUACGUUGCCUUCCUCCAGCUCCAAUCUGGCUGAGAUGGGAGAACAGUAGAUGGACUUCUCUGAAUGUCUUCCCCGCACUUAUGGUCUGUUGCUUUUCCAGUAUCUCAUUCAGUUUAGUCUAACCUCCAAAUAUUCACACUCUUUCGGAAUUCCCAAUGAGAGAUUGUCAGGCUUUGAGUAUUAAAAAAUAAGCCCUUGUGAUUUUAGCGUACUUUUGCAGGUUGAUUAAAGUUUUUUGUUUGUUUUUCCUUCAAACAUGAAGACAACAAAAUUGUCCCCAUUCACACAGCACUAUUCUUGGCAUGCCAGGACAGUACCAUGCAUGACUUGUCUUAAAGCGCAUCUCACACCUCACUGGAGCUGUUAUCAAGCUCAUGAUUUUGAGCGAUACGUGCACAUGCAUAAUUAUUCCUAUGAUCUGCUCUUGUUGUUAAGAAUGUAAAAAAUUAGCUUAGCAAUUUUUCAGUGUUGAUGAUGUCAUGUGAACAAUGAUCUGACAGUUUGAGACACAAUUUUUACUUUUCGUAAUGUUCUCAAAAGAAUGGUGAAAACAACACAAAUGGCUUUUUUCAGGUUUUAGUCGAAAACGGCCCACUAUAAGAAACUCCUUGGGCUCAAAUCCUGAUUUGUCUGACCUUCACUUCCACUUCAGAGGAUUCAUCAUUAUUUUGUUGAACGGAGCUCCUUUGCAUUUGCCAUUUCCUUUGUUUUCCUUACUUGGUAUUAGAAGAAAUAGAUGCCUUAUACUAGCGCCGCAGAAUCACUGGUUUCCUUUUGUAUUUAGUCAUAACACAAAGUGCAGUAACAUCAGAGAGGCUGCACAGUUAUGUUUUUAGGGCCCUACGCUAUCAUCAUUUCGUUUAAUUUAAUACGCAGAGAAAGGAUGACAAGAUCAGUGUUCAUACCUCAGGUCUCCACUCUUCUACUUAUAGAUGUCACGUAACCUUCCUCUCCUUGCUUGUUGCCAAACAGCGACGUUUUAUAUUCCAACACAGCCUAUACCUUCGAAUACUGAACCCUCAAAAUGUUUACAAUCAUUAAAUUUGCCUAUGCGUCGUAAAGCCAUUAAGUACAGGCAAUCUUGGCAUGACAGUAUAACCGUACCUGAACUCUUGGUCAGUGUGGAUGCUUGGACGGCUCAUGUGGCACACAGUGCUCUACAAAACUCUCGCUCUCGUUAGACAACAGGCUACUUCCUGGUUCAAGACAGUUCCGUCAAUUCCUUUGUAGUGAGGAGUAACGAUAAUCAAUCAGUACCUUUAUACAGUCUCACCAAGAUUUAAUGGGUCACUUGACCCGUCGCUCUAGAAAUUCUUUGGGAGUCGUUUUUGUAUGUUUUCUUCUUUUUUUUUUUUUUUUUUUUUGCAGGGGUGAGGGGGUUAAUCCUCGCUAACUGUACAAGGCACAAUUGUUGUGAAAGAGGUCAUUAAAACAACAAUUGUUUGAGGCGGCUUUUGUACAGUACUGUAAAUGUGAAGCGACUUCAUCAAAUCACUUUGUCG